AUGUCCCAGUGCUGGUGCAGGCAGGUCCUGCUCGGUGUGGAACUGGGCAUGCUGGUGGCGGUCCUGGUGGCCGGCAGUGCAGGACAGAUGCAUGACAGGAGGGAGGCAGGGUCGUCCUGCUACGGAGGAUUUGACCUCUACUUUGUUUUGGACAAGUCUGGCAGUGUGCAACAUUACUGGAAUGAGAUAUAUUACUUUGUUGAUCACCUGGCACACAAGUUUAUCAGUCCUCAGCUGCGGAUGUCCUUUAUUGUAUUUUCAACAGAAGGACGGACUCUCAUGGCACUAACAGAAGACAGAGAACAGAUUCGGGCGGGACUGGAGGAGCUCAGCAUGGUGCAGCCAGGUGGAGACACCUUCAUGCACAGGGGCUUCCAAAGAGCCAGCGAGCAAAUAUACUAUGGGACUGGAGAUGGUUACCGGACCGCGAGUGUUAUCAUCGCCCUAACAGAUGGUGAACUGAGAGAAAAUCAGUUUGACCUGGCACAAAGAGAGGCUAGCAGAGCACGCCAGUUGGGCGCCACCGUGUACUGUGUGGGAGUAAAAGACUUCAAUGAAACCCAGCUUUCAACGAUAGCUGACAGUAAGGACCACGUCUUCCCUGUGAAUGAUGGAUUUGAGGCGCUACAAGGCGUCAUUGACUCGAUCCUGAAGAGAUCAUGCAUCGAGAUCCUGGCUGUAGAGCCCUCCAGCAUCUGUGAAGGAGAAUCUUUCCAGGUGGUAGUCAAAGGAAAUGGUUUCCUUCACGCUCGAGACGUACAGAAAGUUCUCUGCAGCUUUCGCAUCAAUGACACAGUUACUAUGAUGAAAAGACCUUUGGUGGUGAGAGAUACGUACCUUUUGUGCCCAGCUCCUGUUCUGGAAAAAGUGGGAACGUCUGCCACUCUCCACGUCAGCAUGAAUAAUGGCCUGAGCUUCAUAUCAAGUUCCGUCACAAUUACUGCAGUCGCAUGUUCUGACGGGACCUUUGUGGCCAUCGCUCUGCUCAUCCUCCUGCUCCUGCUUACCAUCCUCCUGCUGUGGUGGUUCUGGCCUCUCUGCUGCACCGUGGUGAUUCAUGAGCCUCCUCCUCCAGUAAUAGAGGACUCGUCUGAUGAUGAGGACGGUUUUCCUAAGAAGAGGUGGCCCACUGUGGACGCCUCGUACUAUGGAGGACGUGGAGUCGGAGGCAUCAAGAGAAUGGAGGUCCGAUGGGGAGAUAAAGGCUCAACUGAAGAGGGAGCCAAACUGGAAAAAGCUAAAAACGCUCGAGUUGUGAUGCCCCCGGAGGAGUUUGAGCCGCCGCGGCCUUACUACAACGUGCACAAAUCUAUCCCCUCCCAGAAGUGGUACUCUCCCAUCAAGGGCAAGCUGGAUGCUUUGUGUGUCUUCCUGAGAAAAGGCUAUGACAGAGUGUCCGUGAUGCGACCUCAUCCUGGAGACAAGGGUAAGUGCAUAAACUUCACCCGAAGCAAAUCCUACCCUGCUCCUCGCUAUCCCAUCUACAACCACCCCUCCACGCCCGUCUACACUUUGCCCCACAGUUACCGGCGUCGUCCUUCAGAGGGCGACCACGACUUCAAUUUGCCCCCCUCGCCAACCACAACGCUCCCCCCUCUGCCGUCCACUCCUCCCCCAUCCUCCGCCACCCUACCCAUGUACACACCACCUCCCAGCAGAGCCCUGCCCCCUUCCAACAUGAGCUCAGUCUCUGCACCCCCGUCUCCAACUGGCUCGCUUCCACCUCCACCUCAGGGUCCACCUCCUUGCAGAGCGCCUCCUCCCUCACGCCCCCCUCCACGCCCCAAUCACGAGAACCACUGGUGA